AAGAUGGAAGCCUUACGAUUUGUUUUUCUCCUGGUUUGUGCCUGCUCUGUUUACCAGGCUCAUGGACGCAAAACGUACGCCGACAUGUUCCCCCACAAGCACGCAGUAGCAGGGAAGCUACCAUUUCCAAUUCCACCAAUCCCCGGCUGGGAUCCUGACACCAACCCAUGGGACGAUUACCUCUACCCUCCUCUGAACCCAAAGCCCAAAGAGCUCACACACCACAGAGGUAAACCCAAAGUUCGUCUGACCAGCGACAGUCCGGCUCUCAACGGCUCUAGCAUCACCUUCACUGCCAAGCUGGAGUACCCUCCAUGCCAGAAGGAAGAUGCUAAUGGGGACCUUGUUUGGGAUGAGCACUGUGAGGACGCCAAUGGACAGGUGCGUUCUGGCUACGUGUACAACUGGACUUCCUGGAUGGACGACUAUGGCUUUGGAAAGUGUACAGACAAGACGAAAUGCAACGUUUUCCCCGAUGGGAAGCCCUUCCCUCAGAGCAACGACUGGAGGCGCAAGAGCUAUGUCUACGUGUGGCACGCAAUGGGCCAGUACUACGAGACAUGCGACGGCUCCUCGUCCAGUUUGACCAUCAACACCACCACUGUCCCUCUGGGGGCAGAGGUCAUGGAGGUUCUGGUCUACAGGAAACGUGAGCGCCGGAAGUACAGCCCCCUCACCACUGACAACACCGUCUUCUAUGUCACAGAUAAGAUCCCAUUGGCAGUCAACAUCUCCCAGAGGGCUGCGGUCAACCAGUCUGACAAUGUUUUUUUUCGUGGCGAGGACGUGGUCUUUAAAGUCCAGCUCCAUGACCCCAGCGGCUACCUCAAAACCGCAGCCGCCAUUGACUACAUCUGGGACUUCAAAGAUGGCAACCAGCUGGUGACACACCGCGACAUCACCACACACACUUACAGUGCUCUGGGGAGCAUGAGUGUGAAGCUGGUGGUGGAGGCAGCGUUCCCAAUAGAGUGUCCACCCCCCUCUGCCACUCCGACUCAGAGGAGCACCACGUCAACACCGCCCACAGAGGCUCCCACACAUCCAGCCGGUACUCAUGCUGCCACUGUCAGGAUGGAGACCACUCAGGUGCCACCCAGCACCAAACAGCCCCUUCCCUCCUCCUCCUCUUCCUCUUCUACCACUGCUACAACAGUAGAGGUGCCCACUACGGAGCCCCUCCUCUCUACUGUUGACAGUGAGACCUCAGAGUCCACUGCUCUGCCCUUUCUCCGCUCCACGCACCUUAAGGGCAACGGGUGCUACCGCUACGCCCAUGGGACCUUCAUGGGCAACAUCACCAUUAUCGAGCCCAAGCAUGCGCUAAAAAGCCAGCCAAACAGCCGUAUUGUGGACGUGUUGGCUGCCAGGGUGACCAAAACUGACAUCAGCUUCCUGGUCAAAUGUCUCGGCAACAUCCCCACAUCAGCCUGCACCAUUGUGUCAGACCCCACCUGCACUCAUGUGCGCAGCAUUAUGUGCGAUGAUGUGCCGCCAUCAUCGGAGUGUGAAGUGCAUCUCAGGAGAACUUUUCCAGAGCCUGGCACCUACUGUGUCAACAUCACCCUGGAGGACUCCAGGAGCCUCACCCUGACCACCACCACCGUCACCAUCAACAAGUCCCAGGAGCCACCUGUAUCCAAGAAGUCUCACACUGCAGAGGUGGUGCUGUCCUCGACUGCUGUGCUGGUGGCUGUCUUUGCAUUCAUUGCCUAUCUGGUCUGCAGGCGCUACAGAGUGUACCGUCCCAUCCGUAGGUCACUGGUGGAGGACGCCUCCGGCCGUGCUGGGGUCAGAGGUCGCAUGGUCCGCCUGAGGGAGACACUCUUCCCCUACACCGAGGAGAGCCAUCACCUGCUGACUGAGAGACGCCCUCUGUAGGCUCUAUGAAGGAGCACUAGAGCAUUUAAUGGCAAAAAACUGAAGAAGAAUUAUUAUUGAUACAUGCAAAUGCAAGCAAAGUUUUAACCACUGAAAAGUAAAGAUCGCAGGAAUACAUUAAUGUCUUUGGAGAAAUAAUAGAAAGUAAUACGAAUGUCUUUUCUGUGUCUCAGUUCAAGUGUUGGCUGCAGCAGUGUGUGAUUAUUGGGAUGAAUAAAUGAAGAGGCUGUUAAAUAUCUGACUGAAGCGUUGCUCAUCAGAUCUUUUGGUGAAGUAGUUGCUAGGAGAUUAAUUGGGUUCAAGUCGUGGUUGUUGUCUGAUAAAAAUAAUUGCUUUGUGUACAUUUUGUGCCAAGUGCUGCUUUACAAAACUCUGCCUUACACUGUUAUAAUAAUCAAUGGUUAAGAAAUGCUUCAGAUGGUUUUUAAAUAUAAAAUGUAUACUACUAGUGACUUAUGCAUGCUCUUCUUCAGUCGAGUGAACUGAAAUCAAAAUUUUAAGAGAACUAAUUCAAAGAACUGACUAGAAACUUUAUGUGAGGACUUUAAUAAAGGAUAUGAACUAACCAUUCAAUGCCACUUCUCUCCACAUCUUUGUUAUCUGACCAACUUCUCUUCAGUACAACGGAGAUGACUCAAGGUUUGGUGAAAAACUUGUUGAAAUCUUUUU